AUAACAAUUUUAGACAACUUCACCAAGUGCAACUUGGAAGUUGGAGUUACAAUUUAUUCUUGUUUUUGAAUUGCAUGAGUUGAAUAGGUACCUACCUACUUAAUUCAGGGAUUGAGCAAGUGAAUACGGUGAAUACAUUAUUAUGCAAUCAGGUAAUGUUUACAACGAAACAUAAAAUGCUGAGUUAUGCUUAGAACCAGGUUGUCUUUUGUAAGACCACUAGUCCAACGUCAAGUACUGUUAUAUUGUAACAAUCAAACAAAUGAAGCUGAAGAGCAGAAGGAAAGAGAAAUUGAAAGGAUUAAGAAAAAUGCCUCACUAGAAGAGCCCCCAACAGGGUGCUGUGGAUCAGGCUGUGCCAACUGUGUGUUCAUAGUAUGGGCUGAAACUCUAACCUCCAAAAUGCAAAAUGCGGGGCCUGAAAUAGCCGAGAAAAUCAUGAAAUCCGUAGACGACCCCUCCAUGAGAGCUUAUUUGGAGUUAGAGUUGAGAAUUAGGGGACUAAAGAAAGAAUAAUCUGUAUGUACCUAUUAUUAUAAUAUUUAUUGCAUAGCUAAGAGUAUUGUAUUAUAGAGCAUGUAAGGCACAACUGUAUAUAAUAGAAUAUAUAGUAAAAUAUUA